GAGGCCGCGCAAGGGCGCUGUUGCUGCCAGUGCCGCUGUCAUGGCGUCUGAGGCGCUGGCUGAAGAGAACCCGCCGCGGUCUCUUUAGAGUGAGGGGCUGGCGGCUGGGUAUGGAGAGCGGCCCCGGGAGCCUGCAGCCGCUAGAACACGGGGUGGCCGCCGACCCAGCGCCAGGGACAGGUUCUCCGCAGGAAGGGCAACCGGAGACCAGGCUCGCCGCUGGGGAUGGUCCUGGAGUAUGGGCGGCGGAGAGCAGCGGCGGGAAUGGGCAGGGGGCGGCGGCCGCCGGAAGGAGCCUCUUGGACUCGGUUUCUCCCGGCGGCUCUCCUCAGGUUCCCGGACCCUGCAGCUCCUUCCCGGGCUUGGACUUAAAGGAGAGCGAUUUGAAGAAUCCUUCCGCCCAGAAGACGCCUCCGAGAGGGCAGCACAAGGUGACCGCCUCUCCGGAGACAGCCGAGGCCGGAGCGGACCAUGGAUCGGGUCCGGCCGGAGACGCCGGCCCCCGCCCGGAUGCCGCCGGCACCUGCCGGGCGGAGUUGGCGGCCGCCGGGUCCGAGGAGCCCAGCAGCGCUGGCGGCCUCAGCAGCAGUUGCAGCGACCCGAGCCCUCCUGGGGAAUCGCCGAGCCUGGACUCCCUGGAGUCGUUCUCUAACCUGCAUUCUUUCCCCAGUAGCUCUGAGUUUAAUAGUGAGGAGGGAGCGGAGAACAGGGUCCCUGGGGAGGAGGAGGAGGAGGGCGCGGGCGCGGCGGUGUUGCCCGGGGCUGUGCCUCUGUGCCGAGAAGAGGAGGAGGAGGAGGGGGAGGAAGCUCAGGUAUUGGCAGCCUCCAAGGAACGCUUCCCGGGACAGUCUGUCUAUCACAUCAAGUGGAUCCAGUGGAAGGAAGAGAACACGCCCAUCAUCACUCAGAAUGAGAAUGGACCCUGCCCUUUGCUGGCCAUCCUCAAUGUUUUGCUUCUGGCCUGGAAGGUGAAACUUCCACCGAUGAUGGAAAUCAUAACUGCUGAACAGCUGAUGGAAUAUUUAGGAGAUUACAUGCUUGAUGCAAAGCCUAAAGAAAUUUCAGAAAUUCAACGUUUAAACUAUGAGCAGAAUAUGAGUGAUGCUAUGGCAAUCUUGCACAAACUACAGACAGGCUUGGAUGUAAACGUAAAAUUCACUGGUGUUCGAGUAUUUGAGUAUACACCAGAAUGCAUUGUAUUUGAUCUUCUUGAUAUUCCUUUGUACCAUGGGUGGUUAGUGGAUCCACAGAUUGAUGACAUUGUAAAAGCUGUUGGUAACUGCAGCUACAACCAACUAGUGGAGAAGAUCAUCUCUUGUAAGCAGUCAGACAAUAGUGAGCUCGUUAGUGAAGGCUUUGUAGCUGAGCAGUUUCUAAAUAACACAGCCACUCAACUGACAUACCAUGGAUUAUGUGAACUAACUUCAACGGUUCAGGAAGGAGAACUUUGUGUGUUCUUUCGGAAUAAUCAUUUUAGCACCAUGACCAAAUACAAGGGUCUACUGUAUUUGCUGGUAACAGACCAGGGGUUUCUUACUGAAGAAAAAGUUGUUUGGGAAAGCCUACACAAUGUGGAUGGUGAUGGAAAUUUCUGUGACUCAGAAUUUCAUCUGCGGCCUCCUUCAGAUCCUGAAACCGUAUACAGAGGACAGCAAGACCAGAUAGAUCAGGACUACCUUAUGGCAUUAUCUCUACAACAAGAGCAGCAGAGCCAAGAGAUCAAUUGGGAACAAAUACCUGAAGGAAUCAGUGAUUUAGAACUAGCAAAGAAACUCCAAGAAGAGGAGGAUAGACGGGCUUCUCAAUAUUAUCAGGAACAGGAACAAGCAGCAGCAGCUGCUGCUGCUGCUUCUACACAGGCCCAGCAAAGCCAGCCAGCACAAGCCUCUCCAAGUAGAAGACAACCUGGGAAUAGUGAACGUAAACGAAAGGAACCUCGAGAAAAAGAUAAAGAGAAAGAAAAGGACAAAAAUAGCUGUGUCAUUUUGUAACAAGUGUUGGAUUCUGUUGGAUGCAUCUAUAUGUCUUGAGAAACAAAACCACAGGAGGAAAGGAAGAAAAACCGAUAAAUACCGUCUGUGCCUGAUUUCCCAAUGGAUUUUGUUCAUGUUUUUCAGGGGAAAGGUUGUUACUUAGUUACAAUCAGACUUUUUCAAGUCACACAGUACACUCUUUAUGAGCUGGAGUUUCAUGUUACAAGUUGGAAAUGCUGUGUGUUAUCAUUCAUGAAAAAUACUGCACUUGUAGCCAAAUAAGCAAAUCACAGCAAAUUUUGUGUCAUAGUGACAUUCAUAACUCAUAUCAGUUAGUAAGCUAUUUUAUCUUCUGUUCUAACAAUGAAUGGAGGUAACUUAUUUUGUCUGAUUCCUUCCUGAAAUCUAAAUACUAGCACAAUAGUUUCUGAAAUUAAUUUUUACAAUGUUAAAUUAUGAUCUAAUCCAAGAGAAACCAGGGGUUUAAUAUAGGGAUGUAAAAAGAAAAAAAACAAAAACAAACAACAAAAGAACCGAGACAAAAAAUAACAAAUCAAUAACCCUUCAUCCUGUAUUGGACUAGUUCAGCCCUUGAACAGCUUUACCUUUCUUUAGGAAUGUACAUUUUAGAUAUUAUCUUGAGAACUGAUAACGGAGCUUGGGUUUAAUUUAGAUAGAAAAAAAAUAAUUUGUAUUUCUUUUCCAAUACCAAAAAAUUGCAUAACACUAAUACUCAUAUUCUAUCAAAAUCAGAUAUUAAUGACUUUGUAGUGUUGUGAAAUUUUGAGGAAUUUUGAAAUCUUUAAUAUAGGUAACUUGUACUACAGUUACUAUUUAUUGACAGUGUGAUAACUGAGUAUAAGAAGGAAACCAGAGUGGAUGCUAGGCCUUGUAAAUAUGGGAUGUAGAAAAGCAGAUAGUUCAAUGUCUACCUUUUUCUAGAAUUACCUUGAACCUUAAAAUUUAAAUCAUGUUUAUUUGCUGGAAAAUUAAGUAUACUUACUAAAGCCAACAAAAAAGCACAUUUCUGAAAGGAAGAGAAAUAAUCUCUGAGUCUAGUGAAAAAGCAUUAAUAAAAAUCUGUUUGAAAAUAGAUAAGAAUUGGGAGGAAUUUAUGUAAAAGCAAUCAGAUUUUUUUUUUAACUUAUGGGAACCAAAUAGACCUAUAACAUCUUGUAGUGUUUAUAGGAUUCAGAAAGAAAUAUUUAUUGAACUUUAUUAUGAGGCAACACAUAUUUUCCUGUAUUUCUACUGUCCUUAAUAGUCCUUUUUAUAUGCUUUAUAUUUAAAAGUUUGUUUUAGUUAUUUUUGAAAAGACUGUUGCUGCUGCAAGUAGUUAUGUGAUUUACAUUCUAAGCCUCAGUAAAUUUGUUUAAGAGCAUCUUAAUCUAACCUGAGCAUCCACUUGGAGAAUGUUCAUGUGGUCUAGAGUUCUUAAGCUAUGUCCUUAACAUUCUCCAUGAUCCAAGACCACUUAUAGGAUGAGUCUAUAUGUAAAAAUAAAAAGUAAAGUCUUAUUUAUGGAAGGAAUUAUUCUAAGGGAAAAAUCCAGGGUCAAGCUGUAUCUUUUAUGUCAUGUCCUUCUGCAUUGCAUGUCUGGUUAUGUUAUACCAUUUGUUUAUUCCUUCAGAUUUCCUAUGCUAGCAUGAUAAAUCAUCAUAGAAUCUGGGGUAUAAAACGUUGAUACAAAAUAUUUGGUGAGUCUCUAGUUAAUAACCUACAAUAUGUGUACAUUGGUAAAGUAAUCAGAUGUACUACAGAAUUCUCUGUUGGCUCAAGCAAGUUGACCUUAGUCCAAGUUUACUCUUGAUAUCACUAUAUUGGUUGAAGGAGGAAACUCAAACCUCAGGGUUUGUUUUUCCUAGAACAGAUAGUAGUGAUAGUGCAUUAUAUUUUAAUAAGAAAAAGCAAAACAGUAAAUCCGGAGAAAUUUUAAAAAGCGUAUUUAAGGCAUAUUUUUCCAUAAUUAUAUACUUAUCUAUUUAUUACCCUUGAAAAAUAUAUGUGUAAAAGUUAUUCUGUUAUUUGUUACUGUCUUCUUAAUUUGUUCCAAAGAUAAUACUGCCAUUCUGCAUUCCCUUUGGAAGAAAAAAAAACUCACUCAAAACCAGCAGUGCUGCUAUCAGAUAAGUAGAUGUCAAUGUAUACUUAUAAAAAAUAACUAAAAAAUGUCAUGUGUUUGUUAAUUCAACCUUUUUUCUAUGUAAUAUUUCCAAGUCAGACUUUCUUACAUUCCUGGAAUUCAGUUUAAUAUACCAAGAGUAAUAAUGAUAAAAUGUUUGCUUUGAUUACUGUGAGGAAAAAAUUAAAUGUUCAGUUCUAUUAAAACAAACUUCUUGGAGAUACUGCUUUCCCAUCCUUGAAGGUUAGAGCCAUUGUGUCUUUAUUUUCUUACACUUUGCUCAAGGCAACAAAUUAUAUAUUCAGACAUUUCAUUGCUGGUUUGGGUACAUUGGAAUUCGAUAGUGGUAUAUUCAAGUCUUUCCUUCAGUGUUUUGUAACUGUUACAUGAACUGCUAGCAGAAGUUAGAACUGAAACAUUUUUGUUGUUAAUAUUUAUAGGCUAGAUUAGGGACACAUUUGCAUCAACUAAUCACUAUUAGAUUUAGCAAAAGAGAUACAAAUGAGUGGACAUGGUCACUAUACUUUAUUGUACUUUCAAAGGCUAUUUCUUAAGUUUAGUGACCAGUCUUUCUUACCAGUAUGAAAAUUGUCCUGGUGUGUAAUCCCAUUGAAUUAAUAAUGCUGUGAUUUACAAUAGGUUAUCAACACUUAGAAGUAUGUGUGUGUGUGUGUGUGUGUUUCUGAAGCAAGGAUCCAUGAUUUCUAUUAUCAAAGGAAUCUGGGAACUUUCCCUCAAAUUUAAGAAUUACCAUUUAAGAAUACACACACAUACAUAUGUACAUACAUACACUAAGCAGUUUAAGGCAGCUAAAAUUUGCAUUGGCUGCUUCCUGUAAUAUGCUGGUCCAAUGUGCUUAGGUGAUGUAACUUCUUCCAUGUUUCAAGGUGUCAGUUUAGCAAUCGAAUGAGGCAUAGAUUGAAAUUUAGGAUUAGGUUUUGGAAUAUAUUUUGUUUUAGUGUCUCAUAUUUCUAGUAUUUGACAAUUUAUCCCAUAUUAUAUUUCAAAUUCUUCCUCAUACUUCUUGAUCUUAGCUUAAUUAAGCAAAUCAGUAUCAGAGAUUAGUUGACUGAACCCAACAUUAAAUGCCAUUUUGUACUUGCACAAAAACCUAAUACUUUGUUUUUACUGAAUCACCAGCUCAGGUCACUAAGAAAGAUCUUGAGAGGAAAGAGGACUAGAAGUCAAAUAGAUAUUUAAAUAAAGAAUUAGUCCCUAUAUUAAUGUUGGCAUAUGAAGAAGAUAUCUGUCAAGUCUUACUGGAGAAAUAAUCAAGGCGAGAAUUUCCAGGGCUGUCCUCUAACUCAUUUAUUAAAAAAAAAAUUCUUUUAAGCAAAAAAGCAAAUUGAUUAUUACAUUUCACUUAAUUUCCUAUUAAAUAUACCAGUUAUUUUUAAAUAUGAUGGAAAAAUUAACAGGCUUUACCUAUCAUACAAUACUUGGGCAUACAACUUAAACUAUUAUUGUAAACUUAUUAAUGCUUGAUAAAAUAACAUGGAGGCAUUAAAGAUAGUACAUAAUUUGUAUUUUAAGGAACUACAAAUGUGGAAAUGUUGGAAGUCUGAACUGUUUUAGGUCUAAAAAUCUGGCUUUUAUCUUUCCAAAAGGGGCAAACUUUCUGUGCCUCAGUUUAUUCUAAAUAUGUAAAAGAUGCUCGUUUUUUUAGUGCUUUAUACUCCUGAAUAAAGGGCAUAGUAUAAGCUCAGAAUAUGACUUAAAUAAUCAUAAAUAUUAUAGUUUUUGUUCUUGAAUGUGCAGAUCUUUUUCCCAAUGACAAUAUUUCUUAAAGUCAGUUUUUUUUAAUGCUGUUAAAAUUUGUAGAAUUAUCUUGUCUUUGAGUAUGGCAUCAUCUCUUCCCAAAAUGUAUUUUGUGGUUGCUUUUGUGUUUUGAUCAAAAUUGAGAUUAUUUUGAGAGUAUAAGAGCAUUAAAAGUCUAUUUUUUCCAGUAUCUUUCAUAUAUUUAAAUAUUUAGAUUCUCUUUGCCCAAAGUACAGUGGUAUCAGGUUACUAAUACAUAUAUGUAAACUUUUGUGCAUGGAUGGAAUUCAUUUAGGUCUGUCAAGUACUGUCACUUUUAGAGCUAUUUGAAUUAUAUCUGUUUUUAGGUAUAAAAUGUUAUUUGAUAAUGUGCAGAUAAAUUCCUUUUAGAAAGUGACUGAAAAUCAGAGUUCUUCGGUUCUCUGGGAAUAUAGUGGUGUUUGUUUUGUUUUACUGUGAUAUCCAACACUUCUACAGCUGCUGAGAAAAUCUUAUGAAGAACUGAGGUAACUUUUUUCAGGUCACACUUUAAAACAAACUAAAGUUUAAAAUCGAAGCCUUCUUGGCCAAAAAAAUUGCAAAAUAGAGAUAAUGGAGUCUGAGGGACAGACUGCAGGACCCAGGUAAUUUUAACUUCUUUUGAAGAUCUAUCUGAAUUUUAGUUCACACAUGUCUGUUACUUAAUCCCAGUGUCUCUGUUAUUAGAAAUCAGAGUUUAAUACACUGUGAAUAUGCAUAUGUAUUUUUAAAUAAAGUAUCCUAGUUUCUAAUUUCACUUUUCUGAUCUGAAAAAAUUAAACUCAAAAAAUUGGGUCUAAGUCUUCAAUAAUAGCUGAACUAUUAUCAAGUUCAGCUUUGUCCUACUGUCCUGAGAUUUAGACUUCUCUGCGUAUAACUGGUAUUUUUGAGAACAUGGUACUAUCCCAGAUAAGGUAUUGAAAUACCAUGGCAGAAAUACAAAACCUAAACUAUAAAUCACUGUAGAUUUAAAAGACAAAAUUCUAGUAUUAUUCUACAAUGCAUCUACUUUAUUUGAUAUUAAUUUUAAGAAUUUUUUUCAAGUAACUUGAUAAUUUGUCAUUAACUUUAAAAACUUUAUAUCCUUCCUCACUGCAGUAUACUGCUUUGAGAGGCAGAGAUGCCUCCUAGAUUAGAGGAUGCACAAAGCAAAAUUCUUCUGAAGGUGAUGCUGGCUUCUUUGGGUCUAGUAGUCACACCUUUAAAUAGGAAGUCAGGAAAUUGAAAUGCCCAUUUAAAUUCCCAAAUCAGUGACCUGUCCAAAUGGGCAUUAUCACUGAAAUACCACUAUAGAGUAGUUCUAACUAACAAUAUGUUUAAAGGCUAAGAUUGGCAUUUAAUCUUUGAAGAUCUGUCUGGUGUAUCUCAAUUUUGUCAGUUUUUAUUCCUUUUAAGUAUUUUUUUUUUUAAGAUUUUUAUUUAUUUGUUUAACAGAGAGAGAGAGCACAAGUAGGCAGAGCAGCAGACAGAGGGAGAGGGAGAAGCAGGCUCUCUGCCGAGCAGGGAGCCCGAUGCGGGGCUCGAUCCCAGGACCCUGGGAUCAUGAUCUGAGCCGAAGGCAGCCGCUUAACGACUGAGCCACCCAGGCGCCCUCCUUUUAAGUUUUAGUUGUAUGAGGUAAUCAUUUUUUUUUCCCCCAGAGUACAUAGGAUAUCACAGCUCUACAGAUUUUUAAAGAUGGGAAUUUGAAAAAUGGUUUUUGUUAAAAAGCAAUUUUCCUUAGUAAAAUGACAACCACUGUUUUCACAGGCCCACACAUCACAAGUAGGACAAUAUGAUAGAAGACUGAUGUAUGAUAGCUACACAACAGUCAGCAAAAGGGAUAAUCUUCACUUGUGACACUUUAGAGGUACCUGAAAGUCAUUUCCUAAAGUUAGUGCAUGUGAGUCUUUUUCCUUGAAUUGUGCAGAAUUAUUGGAUGUGGCCAAUUUUGGGGGGAAUAGCAAGUGAAGUAGUAUCAUGACUACAGAGCAAGUGAUCUUGAAAUGUAGUAAGAAGAAACAAGUUUUCUUCCUCCACUUUAAUGUCCAACUACUUGGGUCAGGAAGUUGCUAUGACAUAUCAUAGAUCUCUUGGGUUAGGCCAAGAGUGGCCAAUUGAAAUAGAGUUCUUAAAGAGUUUAAAUAUACAGGGUAUGAGUGCUUGUUCUAUCCUCCUCCUUUUCUUUGCUCUCUUAACGCCCUUUCUACUUCUAACUCAUUCAUUUUGCUUUAUGACCAGUUUUAAUUGCAAUGUGAGAAUAAUAGCAACUGUAGAGACUGAUACAAAACAGCGUUGAAAUACAUUUUUCAAAUGACACCUAAAAGCAUCUACCCAACUUAGAAUUGAACUGAAUUUCUAUGAAAGAAAGUUACUUGUUUUAAAUGCUAAUUAUGUUAAAACUAUUUAAUUCUAAAAACUAUGUCUUAAACAAGUUUCAAAAGUUUCACUUUUGGAGGAUAUUCCUAAAAAAUGCAUAUUGAACAUAGAUGGGAAAGUAUAAAAUAUUUCUGACAAUUAUUCAGUAUUAUUCAACAUUUAAUUUCAUGUUUGUUACUGUACCACAAGGAUAGUGUCAUUCUUGGAUUAAAAUGUUGGAUUUUUUUGUUAAUAUACUUAAAACUGUAACCAGUGAUAACACCCUCAGUAUUUUUUAUUAUAGAUUAUAUUUUAUUUCAAUAAACUUUGAUAUUUAGACCAAACAGUCUUUCUGCUAUGUAUAUUCAUCUCAUUACGGUACUUCUUACAAAGUGGGGAAAUGGAGAGAUGGGGAAUUGACAUAUUGAUUCACAUUUACCUAGGAUAGAAUAUUUGGACUAACUCUUGAUAAAGACAGAUUUUUACCCACCCGAGGCAAUGAACAAAAAAACAAUUAACUCGGGGCACUUGGGUGGCUCAGUCGUUGAGCGUCUGCCUUCAGCUCAGGUCAUGAUCCCAGGGUCCUGGGAUCAAGCCCCACAUUGGGCUCCCUGCUCGGCGGGAAGCCUGCUUCUCCCUCUCCCACUCCCCCUGCUUGUGUUACCUCUCUCGCUGUGUCUCUCUGUCAAAUAAAUAAAUAAAAUCUUUAAAAAACCACACACACAAUUAACUCUAAACCAUACAAUAGUUAACUACCUGACCCCAAUGGUAGAUUCAUUAUAUCUGAUACUUUUAUCCUCUUGGAAGACUAAGUUAGAGCUGAGAAGGGGUCACUUUAUCUUUAUACCAAGCCAACCCUAAUGUAAAGUUUCUGUCCAACAAUUUAAUGUCCAGACUGGCUAAUGUCUGACAUUUCUGUGAAAGUUUUCUUAGACACCACAGCCCUCUAAGCAGAAUUAAUCAUUACAUACAGUGUUUUGUUGACCUCCCCUUGUUAUAGCACUUAAGCUAGACUGUGCGCCUUUUAAGAACAGGAAUCAAACUUUACUCAUCUUGAUUUUCUUGGCACAUUACAUGAUCAUUGGCACUUGAAAUGAAUUUGAAUAUCUAUUUAGAGGAAUUUUUAAAGAUCUCUCUAUUAUAUAGUUAUUGCUUGCCUGUCCUUUAAGUAAAGUAAGUAAAUCAAGUUAUUGAAUUGGUUUUCUCCUAUAGCAUAAAGUUAUGUAGAUAGAGGGAACUAAAAUUCCUAAUCUUUUAUCCCUGCCUCUGAUUUUCCUUGGGCAUCAUCCUGCAUUCUCCCAGAGUCAAUGGAAGAAUGCUUAGGGAUCAGCAGCUUCACAACUGGAGUAAGCAGCAUUGUUCUUCCCUGUUUCAUACCUUCCCUUGCAGGGUCUCUUUCCUCACUCUGUAUUAUCCUAUGAAGUAGGCACCUAUUAAUUUGUUGGAGCUGAGAUUUGAAGCCAAGCAGUCUGACUCCAGAGGCUGUGCUCACAAAUAUAUCUGGAAAGGGACAUAUAGGUCUAGGCCAGGUCUGUAUUCAAAUUCUGACCCUGGACUUUUGAAGUCACAUCUUUUUCAAACCUGCAGAAAUCUGAAAAAUCAGGCCUUUUUUGUACUCUCUAGUCUUAGAGCAAGUUAAUACUACAUAGCCUGUUAUUUCUAAAAUGUCAUAAUUUAUACCUUGUUACAAAGUUUAAAGUUACUACAUAUAAAGUAUAAGAUAUAUAACAAACAAUAAAUUGUAACAAUAAUAGACUAGGGGAAACUUCUUUUUUUUUUAACCGAGCCAAGAACUUUAAGAAAGGCUUGAUUAAGGAGCUUAAGAAGGCUACUUAAGCCCCAUGAAAGCAAACAUUUUUCUUUCCCCUCCAGAUAUAAUGUUGAUCCUGCUAUAAGGGCUGGGAUCAGCCUGCACUCAGAAUGACCCAUAGUGAAAAAUGUGCAACAAGGAAACUUAAUACAUAGAAUAAUAUAAUAAUGAAUUCUAAAACUGUAAAUUGUGGCAUGUUCUCCUUGAAGACUAGUUUGGUUAUGCAUUUAUCAAGAAUAAAAUAUACCAGGACACCCAGGCACCUAGACUUUAUAGGAAGGACCAUAUUUGGAGUAAAGUUAUGACAUUACAUUUUAAAAGUAAGCACAAGUCAGGAGCAGAGGACAAAGAGUCAGCCAGACCAAAGUCAGCAUCUUCAACAAAGGGUCAGGGAAGAAAAAAUAAUUUUCCUUCUACCCUUGUAAGUUCUUAGCUUGAGGCCCCUGUAACAUAAGACAGAUUAAGAAGAAAGAAACAUUUAUUAACAUGUGUACCUCAUGUACACGUGGGAGAUAGGGAAAGAUGCAUUAACUCUCAGAGGUUGCUUAGAAUUCUGGCUUCAAUACCAUUCCAGAUAAAGAUGAAAGAAGAGUGUGGGGGAGAUCAGGUCAGGGGAAGUAACCAGGAAAAGUAUAGUAAACAAAAGUAAGGUUUGUUAUGCAUAUUAAAAUCUUUAAGUUGGUGUCUUCUCUACUGACCAGAUUCUCGUGAUUUAGUCAUU